AUGGCUUUGAGUGUGAAACGUUUGGAGAGACUAAUGGAGGAGUGGCUUAGACCUCUUGUUGAGGCCAAGCAAUGGGACUAUUGUGUUGUUUGGAAACUGGGUGAUGACCCGUCUAGGUUUAUUGAAAUGGUGGGUUGCUGUUGUGGUGGAGGUUAUGACUACUGUGCUAAUGUUAAAGAGGAAGAGGGAGCUCAGCUUUGCAGAGAUGGGUACCUUGAGCAUCGGAGUAAGACCAAGGCUUGUGAAGCUCUGGCUCAGCUUCCUGAUUCAAUGCCUCUUUACUCUGGGGUUCAUACUGAAGUGGUCAUUUCAGACCAACCCAGAUGGAUUAGUAAUGCCUUGGAGUCGAAUCAUUCGGAAUCACAUGACAUGUAUGGAACCCGAGUUUUGAUCCCGGUGCUGCUCACUGGUCUUAUUGAGCUCUUUACCACAAAGAAUAUGCCAGAAAACCAAAAAAUGUUAGACUUUCUUAUGGAAUCCUUUAAUGUUGCUCUGAAAAAAGAAGUCAUGACUAGACAUAGCUGUGCUAAUGUGAACCUCAAAGCUAGUGCAACCCUUGAUGAACUUCAUAUUGACCCAAUGCUGGAGAGGUCUUUGCAAAACUGGUUUCACUCUCCGAAUUUACCUAAGCUGAGUCCUAGGCCACAGGUUGUUACCUCAAGAACCCAAUCUACUUCAUGUCCUAGCCGCGAGGGGUCAUCCAGCGGUUCAAACCCUGCCACUGAACAUCCACCAUUUAACUUAAGUUCUGCUCAAGGACCACCACAUGGAUGUGUGAAGCCUUCUGAGAAAUCCUCUCACUUUAGAAAGCCAAAGUGCUGCGACAACUUGUUGAAGCAACAAGUAGUGGAGAAAGAUAAUGCAAGGGGUGUGAGGAGGACAGGAAGUGAACAUUUCCGUUCCAAGAAUCUCAACGCAGAGAGGAAGAGAAGGACUAGAAUUAAAGAAGGUGAACUUGCUUUACGUGCUCUAGUGCCAAAGAUAACCAAGAUGGAUAGAGCGUCUAUUCCAACAGAUGCUAUUGACUACAUAAAAGAGUUGCAGCAGAAGGUGAAAGAACUAGAAGACGAGCUGAGGGAAAUGGAAGAAGAAGACUCUGCAAAGAAGGAAGCAGAUUUACAGGUUUCAGUGCUGGACAAGAAGAAAGGAGGCAGCAACUGCUUGAGUUCUACAGACCACAAGCAGAUCUCCACUUUUUCCCCAAAAAGUCCAACUGAGGUGCAUUUGGAGGUGUACCAGCUGAGCAAAAAAGAAUGUUUGAUUAAGUUGUUCUGUGAGCACAACCGAGGUGGGUUUACAAGGUUGAUGGAGACUAUGGGUUGCUUAGGGCUUGAAGUAGUGGAUGCCAAUGUUACCACAUUUGAUAGAAAUUCCCUAAUCAUUCUCAGAGUUGAGGCGAAUGAGGAUAUUCAAGCAAAGAAAUUGAGGAACAUGCUAAUCAAGCUAACAAGGGAGACAAAUUAGACAGUUCAUAAAUGGAAGAAGCUGACAGCUACAUUAUCAUUGAUUCUGCAAAGGUUUCAACUUUCAACUAAGAGGAAAUAUAUAUAGAUGAA